CACAGCAACAUUCCUUUUCGUUCUAUCACAACAUUCGUAUUUUUCUGAGGUAUUAUUCUGCAACUCUGAAAAAUGGCUUCGCAACAACUUCCAAACAAUCCACCCACAUACGACCAAGUGAUGAUGUCGGGAAACAUGGGUAACGUCAACAAUGGUGCUGUUCCUGUGAGCAUUUUACAACCUUCGGCACCAGUUCCGUCAGGUUCCUACCCUCGACAGGAAUAUGUACAGGCAACUAUUGCUACUCCGGUGGUGGCGCCCAUACACGGCGCGAUGCCUUACUAUGGAACAAUGGAUGGCAGCAAGGUUACCGUUCAAGUUGUCCCUCAAGUUACCCAACCAGUCCCGGUACAGCAGAUUACACAGCAAAUUAUCGUCGUGAACGGAUGCCCUGCUUGCCGGAUCGGAAUGCUAGAGGACGACUUUUCUUGCUUGGGUAUAUUUUGUGCAAUUUUCUUCUUCCCGGUAGGCAUUCUGUGUUGCCUGGCCAUGCGCAAUCGACGAUGCACAAAUUGUGGCGCACAGUUUUGAGCAAAUUGUGGACGAUCAAUGUCUAGAGUACUUGUCUCAGAUGCGCGUGUGAGUUCUGGAAUUAUAAAGGUUCUGCAUAACCCCAGCUUCAACCAGAUUCGAGCUAAUUACCUUGGCUCAAGAAUGACCUGUUGGCUCCUACCAAUGCCAACAGUAUGUUAAUAGGAAUUGAAAAAACGGUAUGUGAUACACCAUCAAGAAGCGGAGCGUAAUCGAAUGUUAAAGCGUAAAACACCUUUCACCACCUAGUUGAAGGGUAUUUAUUGAUAUACACGUUUGAUAGCUGUUUGUAAUCCAGUUUCAUGUCAUUUUG